AUGGCUCCCAAGGUAUUCUCCACGACCGCGGCACUGCUGUGGGCGCUUCAGGCAACGCAGCCCGUCCAGGCCAAGCUCGAAGCAGAAGAGACCGACACGCACCUUGUCCUCUCGAACGACAGAUUCCACACCGAAGUCGACAAGAGCCGCGGCACUGUCUCGUCCCUGGUUCUCGAUGGUCAAGAUCUUCUCGGUCCUCGCAGUGGCAAUUCUGGUCAAGGGCCGUACCUCGACUGCUAUUGUACCCCCAGCGGAUUUUGGACACCAGGCCGGUCAGAGCCCGAGUUCGAGCUCUACUCUGGCACCGACUCUACAGGCACUGACUAUGGCGGCAUCCGCAUGGCUGAUACGUACCUGCCCACUGGUCAGGUCCUUGAGCAAUACUGGUUCCUCCGCGACGGCGAGACUGGACUGCAUACCUUCAGCCGUGUGGCAUACCACAACGAGACCACGCCAUUCUUGAGGAACCUGCAGGAGCUCAGAGUUUUGUUCCGCCCGAGUUCUGACAUGUGGACGCAUCUGCUGUCCAAAAAGGGCAACUAUGCCCCUCUGCCCAACUUUGACAACCAAGGCGAGUGGCCUGUUGUGCAGGACGCGACGUGGUAUCUCGGCAACACGCCCGAUGAUCCCUACGUUGUGGAGAUGGCGGACUACUUCACCAAGUACACUUUCUCUGACCCUUUCAGAGAUCUCGAUGCAUACGGCCUGUUUGCUGACGGAUCCAACACCGAGGAUGGGUCGACCUUUGGCGCCUGGAUGGUCAUGAACACCAAGGACACGUACUUCGGCGGUCCUACGCACUCUGACCUGACGGUCGACGGUAUCGUCUACAAUUACAUCAGCUCGAACCAUCACGGUGACCAGACACCCAACAUCACCAAUGGUUUCGACCGCACCUUUGGUCCACAAUAUUACUACUUCAACAAGUAUCCCGAAGGUUCUGACAUACUUGAGCUCCACGCCGAUGCAGCGCAGUUUGCCGACCCUGAGUGGAACGCCGAGUUCUAUGACUCCAUUGCCGAGCACGUGGCCAACUACGUCCCCUCGUCGGACCGCGCCACGUGGAAGCUCCAUGUUGACCUCCCGAAGAACGCAGAGCGGGCCCUGGCAGUCCUCUCCCAAAACGGCGUCGAUUUCCAGGACAAUGUGCUCGACACGGAAGCCUACCAAUACUGGGGUGAAAUCGACGCAGAGGGAUACGCCACCAUCCCCAUGGUGAAAGCGGGCACGUAUCGCCUGACCAUCUACGCCGACAACAUCUUCGGGUACUAUGUCAAGGACAACGUCGUGGUCGAACCAUCAGGCAAGGGCAAGAACAAGCACGACAAGCGGCACAUGACCCACGCUCGCUGGCGCGAAGAGACGGAAGGCAAGGAGAUCUGGCGCAUCGGCAAACCCGACCGGUCGUGCGCCGAGUACCUCCACGGAGCCGCCCCCGACAAGGAGCACACCCUUGAGCCAGAGCAGUACCGCAUCUACUGGGGGGAUUGGGAUUACCCCACAGACUUCCCGGACGGCGUGCACUUCAAGGUCGGCGAGUCGGACGAGGCCAAGGACUGGAACUACAUCCACUGGAGUGUCUUUGGCGGCAAGGCCAACUACGAGCGCCCCGAGACCUACGUCGGCACGGGAGACGUGAACAACUGGACCAUCUCGUUCGAUCUGGAGCGGGACCAGAUUCACCGCAAGCGCCAAGCUACAUUCACGGUGCAGCUGGCCGGCGCAAAGACGGCUGCGGGCAACACAGAUAGGUUCAAUGCCUCGGAGCCGCACGCUAACCUGCAGUACACCGUCAGUGUCAACGGUCAGGAUCUCGAGCCAUGGAUUAUCCCCUACAACCAGAGCAGCUCCUGCGGCGUGCGGUCUGGCGCGACCUGCUACAACGUCGGCCACAAGUUCGAGUUCCACCCCAGGCUGCUGAAGGAGGGCGAGAACGAGCUGGUGCUCAGCCUGCCGUACAAUGCCACCAACUACGAGCCUGCUAAGCUUGCAGAGUCGGUGUAUGUGCAGUACGAUGCUCUUCGAUUCGAGAUUGUGUAG